GACUUGCGCGAGGUAGCCCCCUGCCGGGCGUGCUAGGAGCCGUUGCAUAGGAGAGAGUUUGCAAAGGAGGACCAGACGGGAGCAUCUUUGGAAGGGACAGAGAAGCUCCACAGAGUUCUGCAUUCUGAGUCUGGUGUGCAGAUGCUGCUCAGGCGAGGCUGGAGUCGGACGGCACUCCUGUUGAUGCAGCAAAGAGCGCGAUCCCACGGCACAAACUGACUCCCCACCUGGAAGGAAGAUGAAGGGGGCCACCAGGCCGUGGAGCACGGCCCUCUCCAAGCAGGGGUGCCAUGGGACAGAACGAGGGAAACCUCUGCCCUCCGCCUCCAUCGGCAUGAAGACCUCCAAGUCAUCCACCUCCCUCGCCUUCGACUCCCGGCUCAGCAAGCUGAAGAGAGCCAGCAGUGAAGACAUGCUCACAAAGCCAGGCGUCAUGGCAGCCUCAGGAGGCUCCCGGCUGAAGAAGACCAUCACCACGGGGGCCAUUUCCGAGCUGGCUGAGAACCGACUGCGGCCCGCCUCAGGUUCCAUCCCAUCGGCGAAACGCACCGGGAUCCCAGCCCCGCGGGAGCUGUCGACUGCCCCGGGCAGAGACAAGGCCUCCCUGAGACCCAGGAAGGCUCAGCCCAGCCCCACUUCCUCCGGGGCGCCGACGCCCACCAAGCAUUCGCGCCCGGCCCCCAAGUGCAAGAAUGAGGGGGACGCCGGCGAUAAGGCCACGCUGGAGUCGCAGGUCAAGGAGCUGCUGGCCGAGGCCAAGGCGAAGGACUCGGAGAUCACCAAGCUGCGGAGCGAGCUGAAGAAGCACCAGGACCGGGAAUGGGUGCACUGCGAGCUGGACCACCCCGCAGGGGUGUCGCCAGCCGAGGCGGAGUCCCUGGUCCGCACCCUCCAGGACCAGAACCGGGCUUUCCAGAGGGAGCUGCUGAGCCUCGGGGAGGAGAACCGCCUCUUGAGAGAGAAGCUCAGCCGCCUGGAGCAGUCACCGCUAUCAGACACCCUGAGCAGCAGCGGGGGCUGCGGAAGCAGCCUGGCCACCCCCACCACGCAGGAGUCAAGCUUCGGCAGCCCCACGCAACCCCCCGGGAACCCCCGGGCCAACAGGGGCACAGCCCCCCUGCGGAACUCGGGGUCGUCCAGCAGCGACGUCACCAAGGCGUCCCUGUCCCCGGACGCCUCAGACUUUGAGCACAUCGCGGAGGCGCCGUCCAGGCCCCCGUCAUCGGGGAGCCACCCCUCCCAGGCCCCGCAGGACUCCCCCGCCGGGAGCUCCCCCAACAACGCCAGCGACCUCUCGGUGGCCUCGCUGACGGAGCGGAUCCAGAGGAUGGAAGAGAACCACCACUGCACGGCCGAGGAGCUGCAGGCCACGCUCCAGGAGCUCUCCGACCAGCAGCAGGUUGUGCAGGAGCUGACAGCAGAGAACGAGCGGCUGGCCGAGGAGAAGGCCCUGCUGGAGGGCUCCUUCCGGCAGCACCGCGAGAGAGCCGAGCAGCUUGGCCAGGAGAACGAGAAACUGGCGGCCCUCCUGCAGGAGCGGCCGGCCGGCGACGACGGCAAGGCCAAGACCAUCCAGGAGCUGGAGCAGCGGUGCGGGGAGCUGCAGGAGAAGGCCCAGUUUGAGCGGGAGAAGCUGCUGAACAUCCAGCAGCAGCUGACCAGCAGUUUGCGCGGCCUGGAGAGGGAGCACCAGGAAGCCCAGGCGGCCACCCGGGGCCUGCGGGAGGAGGCCGAGCGGCUGGGAGGCCUGCUGGAGACAGAGAGGCAGGGCGCAGCCGGUCUGGCCAGGGCCCUGGAGGACUGCAAGGUGGCCCUGGAGGGGCUGAGGAUUGAAAACGGCUCGCUCCGGGCCCAGCUGGACAGCGCCAAGCAGAAGGCGGCGGACAUGGACACCGUUGGGCGGGGCGGGGACCCCGGCGCCAUGCAGGAGAUGCUGAAGGGAGCCCGCGGGGAGAGGGACCAGCUGGAGCUGGCCUGCACGGAGCUCAGGCAGGAGCUGCUGAAGGCGCACAGCGAGGUGAAGACCCUGCAAGGGCAGCUGGCCAAGACUGAGAAGGAGCGCGCUCAGCUGAAGGAGACCUGCGACCGUCAGGCGGACCAGCUCAGCCGAACCAACCUCAAGCUCCAGGAGAAGAUGUCAGAGAACGAGGCAGAGUUCAAGAACCUGAAGGAGACCAUCUUUGAGCUGGAAGACCAGGUGGAGCAACACCGGGCGCUCAAACUGCACGACAACCAGAUCAUCAGCGACUUGGAGAGUAAUCUACUGAAAAUGGAAGUCCAGAAGACGGAUUUGGAAAGGCAGCUGAAGACCCUGAACAAGCAGAUGAAGGAGGACACGGCUGAGUGGCGCCGCUUCCAAGCCGACCUGCAGACGGCAGUGGUCGUGGCCAACGACAUCAAGUGCGAGGCCCAGCAGGAGCUGCGGACGGUGAAGCGCCGGCUGCUGGAGGAGGAGGAGAAGAGCGCCCGGCUGCAGAAGGAGCUGGAUGAGGCCCAGGGCGGAAGCACAAGGCCAACCAUCGAGGUGAUGGACGCAGUCGAGGCGGAUCCUGCCAGCCGCUGGCAGGGGGUCUCCGUCAGCCGUUCGUCGCCGACGCCCCCCGAGUCCCUGGCCACCGUCAAAUCGUUGAUCAAGUCGUUCGACUUGGGGUGCCCAGGUGGUCCGGGGCAAAGCGUUCCUGUCCACAAGGUCUCCCGGAGCCCCCUCAGCGGCAUUCCCACCAGGACAGCUCCGGCUGCUGCCGUCUCGCCCAUCCAGAGACACUCCACCUUCAGCAACCCAAAGCCCUCUGGGAAGGCAUUUUCCAAGCACGCUGAUCUUCCAGAGCUUCCCUUGGCAGACUUGCUGAAAGGGAGAAGUGAGGACCUGAAGCCAGACCACUUUCUCCGCAAAAGCCCCUCGCUGGAAUCCCUGAGCAAACCGCCCUCCAUGUCCUUCUCCAGCAGAAUGCUCCCCUCCACCCACAGCGGCCUGAAACCCCCCAGCAAGCUCAGCGUGGAGAGAAAGGACCCUUUGGCCGCUUUGGCGAGGGAGUAUGGCGGCUCCAAGAGGAACGCCCUGCUGAAAUGGUGUCAGAAGAAAACAGAGGGGUACCCAAAUAUCGACAUCACCAACUUCAGCAGCAGCUGGAGCGACGGCCUGGCCUUCUGCGCCCUCCUGCACACCUACCUGCCUGCCCACAUUCCCUACCAGGAGCUCAACAGCCAGGACAAGAAAAGAAAUCUCCUUUUGGCAUUCCAGGCUGCCGAAAGCGUUGGCAUUAAACCCAGCUUGGAGCUCAGCGAGAUCAUGUACACGGACCGCCCCGACUGGCAGAGCGUUAUGCAGUACGUCGCCCAAAUCUACAAAUAUUUCGAGACCUGAGUUCCGGAGCCGGGAGGAGGAGGAGGAGGAGGAGGAGGAAGGCGUCUGAAGAACACCAUGCAACGCACUAGAUCACUUUAAAAGGAAAACACAAAAGGGACCCUCCCCCUUCAAUCCUGCCUGACAGAGGCCCCGGCAGACGUUUCUCGUGGCCCCAGAAAGGACUGGCCACGAUCCAGCCCAGGCCUGCAGCCUGAAGCAGAGUGGAGGGGCUCUGCUUGGCUUGGGACUAUUUUUUUGGGGGGGGGACGCAGGAAAUAACAUCUCCCCCAUACUUGACCGUGCCAAAUAACUCCUUUUCACCCAGGGUGCCCUGCGCUGUGGGACAGAGAACAACUCCCCUCGUCGCCGGACAAAUUGGUGGCCUUGUGCACAGCCUCUGGAGGUCCCCAAGGGCAUCAGAAGUUGCUGCUUUCCCCCUCUUUAAUUUCACAAAACCUGGUUGUGGCUUCCCCUCUUCAUGGGUCCCCUGGAAAGGCUUCCUUGCUUCUCUCCCCGGAGGCUCAAGAAAAGAGCAGGGUGGGCUGGCUUCCUGAAACAGGCUGCGCUGUGUGGAACAGCCAGGACCCCUUGAAACAUGACAGCAUCUUUGGAAAAAACAAAACACCAAACUUAAAAUCCCCUUACAAGGCCCCCCCCUCCCCUAAUGACAGCUGCCUUGGCCCAGUCUCACGCAGCUGGUAGGGCGGUAGAGAGAGCCAGGCUGAUCUUGGCUUUUGCAAAUUUCCCCCCAUCCCAGGACCAAUUUAGGGACUGACGGGAUCUGAAUAGGCUUCUGUCCAUCCAGGACCCGCACUGUCUUGAGUAUGGAUGCAGGGAGAGGAGGGGGAGCCCUUCUGAUCGUUGCUCCACAAGGCUAGAGGAAGCCAUUAUCAGGCCCAGAUCUCCCGCCCACCCAGGAUCUGUGUUCUGACUGGAUCACUUUGAUGCCCGAUUUAGCCCGCUGGGGUUUUGUUGCAGAACAAAGACUGUGUGUCUCUCUAACUUGUUGCACGGGGAUUUCAGCAGGUGUCUUUUCCGUAAUAGUGGGAGAAGCGGUGCCUUCUAAAAAUCUCCCCGCCCCCCCCAGUGCCUCCAAGUUGGUGCAGGAGAUGCAAGAGUUGUGUUCUGUUGUGCAAACCUGCUUGUGUUGCUGCAGACAUCUUAUUUGUCUAAUCCACGGGGAACAUCUGCGGCCUACAGGAAGUUGCUGGACUAAAACUCCCACCAUCUCUGACCAGUGGCAUCUGCAGGGCCACAGAACCGUCCUCAUCAAACCGGAGGCGGGGAUCCAAAUGCAGAACCAAGACAUGUUGGGAAGCCUGAUUCCCAGGUUAAAGGCACCAGUUGCUAGCUUGAGUAGUGGAGAGAAAAGGUUGUGGGGAAAAUGUGGUUUUUUGUGGGGGGGUGAGAGGGUUAGGUCUGCACAUGCUGAUUUUUUUUUUCUUGGGGGGUGAUGGCCUUUGGUGGGGCCAACAGCUUUUGAAAAUCUGGAGUUGCCAAAAAAAUAUUAAUUUCCUGCCACGUCCCACCUGCCCUUUUCACAGCCGUGCCAACAGGAAACUCCCCACAGCUCCAGUCUGUCCCAUCCAAGCGGACACAAUGUAAAAGCUUUACCUACUGAGAUUCCACCUGCUGCGCUUCUGCUAAGAGCGCAGGAGCCCUUCCAGGGGAGAAGAGGGAAGAGUUGGCAAGCCUGUGAGGGGAGGGGAAGUCUCUGAAAAUCUGCAAGUUAACGUCAUGUUGAAAGUGACUUGCCCUUAGCUCACAAGGCGAGCCUCAGCGUAGCGGAUUUAUGCGGCAUCAAAAGCCUGAAAAUUCUUGCAGCGACUGAGGGCUUCUCUGCAAGGACUCAGGUGCCCUUUAAGUGUGAGCUUGAAGCGCUGAGUCAAUGACCUGUGUGGGUGAAAGCCAGGGUUAGCAGCGCCAAACGCACCGACCUUCCCCAGCCCGGUUUCACGACACCUGUGUGUCACCGAAGGGCCACCACGAAACCUCCUUGGCUGGCGUCAGGAGCACCUGAAGGCCACCAGGUCACAAACACAAGUGGCGCUUCCUUUGGCUUGGUAGAAUUUCCUCCUUGCCGCUUUGGUGUGACUCGCCGGCUCCUUUCUGAGACUCGGGAGGCAAAGCCUGUCACAGGAGUGCCGUGUGUGGGUGACAUGACCCGUGGGCACAAACCCCAGGGUCCCCUAGAGGAUGCUGCGAAGGAAGUGCUUCCUUGCCACGUCUUCCUUGCUCACAUCGCCCACAUCUGCUGCUGCUUCUUCCAUGCCCUGUGGCUCUGCAAGGGAUGUGUUAGACAUCCCACCGUAAGGUCGCAGAGGGUUUGGAGGACAGCCUGCACACCCAAAUUAUCAUGUGUUUUCUGUUACUGGAUACAAAGUUGAAGGUGCCAAAUAAUUGUUUGAAGUUGUUUGCUUUGCCAAGGAG